AUGAGAGAGCUUCAUUCUUCUGAAGUGCGCACCACAGCUCCAUUGAUGGACUAACUGAACUGCGAGGGGAAAAGUAAACUUUGACACUGGAUUAACUUGUGGAAUAUCACUUCUAAAAUCAGUUAAUUUGUUUAAUAACUCAACUGCAUUUUUACGGUUUCUAACGGUUUUUGACGUGGGAAAAGUGGUCUUUACGCACACUUUGCGCCAUGGCAAACUCUUGUCUUCAACUGAGCGGAUUUCUCAUCACCUGCAUCGGCUGGCUGGGCAUCGUGAUCGCAACAGCCACCAAUGACUGGGUGAUUAUGUGUAAAUACGGGUUGAACACAUGCAAGAAGAUGGAUGAGCUGGAAGCCAAAGGACCCUGGGCGGAAUGUGUCAUCUCCACUGGACUCUACCACUGCAUCGCCCUGACGCAGAUCCUGGACCUGCCAGCCUACAUCCAGACGGCUCGUGCCCUGAUGAUCACUGGUUCGAUCCUGGGUCUCCCAGCACUGGGUAUGAUCCUCAUGUCCAUGCCCUGCAUCAGCCUCGGAAAUGAACCCCAGGCCUCCAAGAACAAACGCAUCAUCCUGGGAGGUGUGCUUGUUCUCAUAGUCGCACUUUGCGGUUUGGUAUCCACAGUCUGGUUCCCCAUCGGCGCUCACCAGCAGCACGGCCUCAUGUCAUUCGGCUUCUCCCUCUACACCGGAUGGGUGGGCUCUAUCUUCUCCCUGCUGGGCGGGUGCAUUCUCACCUGCUGCUCCUCAGAGUCCUUCUCCUCAUCUCGCUCCUACCAGGAAAACAAUCGUUUCUACUACUCCAAACAAGGCGGUGGCAACCCGCCAGCAGCAGCCUCCACCAAUCACGCCAAGAGCGCCCACGUCUGAGAGGGGAGAGAUUUCUGAAGAGGACGCCUAGGGGACUGUAGUUUAUGUACAGAUACAUUUACACGAGCACAGACAUACACAUACGAGCACAGUUACAGGCAUAGAAGAACAUAAACACACCCACUCACGUUCAAGAAAAAUACACAAGUCUUGAAUGAAGCACAGACAUUCACACAUACACAAAGACUGUUUUUGUUGGAGCUUUUGGGGAUUGUUUCUGCAUCACAGAGGUCACCUCUCCGCCUCCUCGUGUUAGGCGUGGUGAGGACUCUCCCUGCUGUUAAAUAGUUCUACAAGCUCCUGUGUGCACAGAAGCCUGAGGUCCCAAUCACCUAAGACAUUAAGGGCUGAGAUAUUGACCUUCUACAUUUCUUAUAUUUUUCUAUUUAGAUCCUCCUACAGAUGAAAUAUAAUGUGUGUUUCCCUUGUUUGAAAAAUGGUCUGUUGUUUUGAUAAGAGCAGGGUAUCACAGUAUUACGUUUGUAUUUGAAAAUGUGUUCUGUAACAUUAUAGAUUUUUCUUUGACAGUAUUGUACAGCUCUCUAGUGCCUCUUGACUGACCGACUUGAUUAAAGAACGCAGCACUCUUUUCCCCAGCCUCUGCGGGAUGAAGGCGACAUAAAUAA